ACUACAAAGUAUUAGGCUGCCGAACAAAAUAUAGAAAUUUUUGUGUUUAUUUGGUAAAGGAGAGAAUCACAUGUAGGAAAUAGGAAGAGGGUCCUAGGCCUCCACUUUCUCAUAGUCUAGCCUGUUUAAGCCUUCUCGGAAGUACAGUGCUUACUGAUGUCUUACUAGAUGCCACACUUUCCAUGUAAGAAGAAAUCGACACAAAUCUAGAAAGAAUCCCAGUAUAAUAAGAACUAGCCAGAUAGCCAUGAUAAACCUUCUUAUGAUAAGUUUGUUUAUAUGAUGUAGAUUUAAUCGCCUAUCCCUAUCCUAUGCCUGUUAUCCGCCCAUACCCAAACUUUCUAUUACCCAUUAACCUCCCCUACUUGUUCCUCUCCAUCCCAGCUCUUAUCAAGGCCUGUAAAACUCCAACCCAUCUUCAACUAGUCCACGCCCAUAUCGUCCGAAGAGGUUUAGAGCAAGACCACUCUCUCAUAUCUCUGUUCAUUGGCCUCUCUCAGGCUCUAUCCAUUCUCUCUUACUCUGCCAGCGUUUUCGACCGUGUUUUCUCCCCCAACACUUUUCUAUGGAAUGUUUUCAUUAAAGGGUACUGCCAGAAGUCCUGCUCUGCUGAAACAGUUUCGGUUUUUAUUCGCAUGAAGAGAGAGGAGGCUGUUCCUGAUAGAUAUACUUACCCUUCGGUGAUCAAGGCGUGUGCAAGUGAGGGAAAGAUUAGAGAAGGAAGGACCUUGCAUGGGUCGGUGUUGAGGUGUGGGGUUGAGUGUGAUGCGUUUGUGAGUACGAGUUUGAUUUACUUGUAUGGGAAAUGCAAAGAGAUUGGUUGUGCCCGUAAGCUGUUCUAUUAUAUGUUUGAGAGAAAUGUGGUUACUUGGAUGGCCAUGGUUGUUGGGUAUGUUAUUGCUGGAGACUUGGGGGAGGCAAGGAAGCUGUUUGAUGAGAUGCCUCAGAGAAACGUUGCUUCAUGGAAUGCCAUAAUUGGAGGGUUUUUGAAAUUGGGUGACUUGGGUAGUGCUAGGAAGAUAUUCGAAGAGAUGCCCGAGAAGAAUGUGGUUUCUUUUACGACUUUGAUUGAUGGGUAUGCAAAAUCAGAUGACAUGGCUUCUGCAAGGGUUUUGUUUGACCAAGCUCCUUAUAGAGAUAUAGUUGCAUGGUCGGCAUUGAUAUCUGGGUAUGCUCAUAAUGGUCAGGCCAGAGUGGUUGUGAACAUUUUUAUUGAAAUGGACUCCUGUAAUGUUAAACCAGAUGAGUUUAUAAUGGUGAGUUUGAUGUCAGCUUGUUCUCAGGAGGGAUGUUUGGAGUUGGCCAAAUGGGUUGAUAAUUAUGUUGCUCAAAGUUCAAUUGAUCUAGGUCGAGCUCAUGUUCUUGUAGCUCUUGUUGACAUGAAUGCUAAGUGUGGGAACAUAGAGAGAGCAAAAAACUUGUUUGAACAGAUGCCUAAGCACGACUUGAUCUCAUAUUGUUCAUUGAUGCAGGGGCUAUCUAUACAUGGUUCUGGGGAACAGGUCGUUUCCCUUUUCCAUAUGAUGCUAAAUGACGGUUUGAUUCCUGAUGAGGUGGCUUUUUCAGUUAUCCUGACAGCUUGUAGCCGAUCUGGGCUGGUCGAGGAUGGUAGGCGAUUAUUUCAUUUAAUGAAAAAUGAGUACUCCAUUGCUCCUUCGCAAGAUCAUUAUGCUUGUAUGGUUGAUCUUCUCAGCCGUUCAAGAAGGCUGAAAGAAGCUUAUGAACUUUUGAGUUCAAUGCCCAUGGAACCCACUUCUGCUUCAUGGGGCGCACUACUUGGGACAUGUAUGCUACAUUGCGAUGUGGAGCUGGGUGAGUUAGUUGCCAGUCGGUUGAUUGAGCUUGAACCUCAAAAUGCUGGUAAUUAUGUGCUGCUUUCAAAUAUCUACGCUGCCACCGAUCGCUGGUUGGAUGUUUCACUUGUGAGGAGCAAAAUGAGAGAGAAAUCUGUUAAAAAAAUACCUGGUCGCAGUUGGAUUAGAUCACAUGGCUAAGUGUUGUUUUAGUAACCAUGAAUAAUAACAAUAUUCUCAACUAUUGGUGCUAAGAGCAAGAGGAUUUCAACCCCAAUUUCAUCAUCCUUUUCAAGUUUUCAAGGUACAUUGUUGAGUUUUGAUGUGUUUGAUGAUAUAUCGAGGAAUUUGAAGAAUUUAAAUUUGUUUUUGGGCAUUGGACGAAUUUUUGGAAUCUAUUGUGAGAUUGGUUUGUGUUUAUUGUUUUUAUCAUCUUGGGAGAUUAUUCUAUAUAGUUGGGAAAGAUUGUGGGGUUGUUUGAGUAUUUUUGGCCAUUUUUUCACGAUUGCACACUAAGUGUUUGAUAAAAGUACUCAGUGAACGGUUUUGCCAUAUUUUGGAGAUUAUUGGGUGUUUCUGAGUUGAUUUGGGGUUGUUAGUGUGUUCAGCGACUGUUACUUGUAUUUUUGCGAUUGAACUACUCCAUGGCUCCCAAGAAAGCGAAGACCAUGUCCACAAUCCAACGUGCCAAUGUCACUAUUCCUCAUACAUUUGUUAACCCCACUGUUCAAAAAAAUUCGAGGAAUGGAUUGUUAAAAAUAAAACAGUGAUUGUGGAGUCUCACUUUCGGCCAAGUGAAUUAGAUGGCAUUCUCCCGCAGAUGAUUAUUAGUAGAAACUGGCAGCAGUUGUGUGAGCCCAAACUUUUAGCCAAUAUCAGUUUGGUCAGGGAAUUUUAUGCCAAUGCUUUUGUGGAGAGGGAUGAUCAUACAGUCUUAGUUCGGGGUAAAAAUAUUUGUUAUUCUCCUCAAGUAAUAAACAGGUUCUACGGCCUCAAUGAUCCAUGGGAUGAUGAUUAUCACGCAGGAGCCGAUGAAAAUGAUUAUGAUUUUCUCUUAAAGGAAAUGACUAAGCCCGGCUCUACAUACAAAAUGGGGAGUGACAUGGUUACUCCAAGAUCAAUCAAGGCCACAUGUUUGAGUCCGUAUGAGAGGCUUUGGAACAGGUUCGUUAUUAGUACUCUUAUGCCUUCCACUCAACAAAUGGAAGUAACUAUUGAACAUCUAUACUUGCUAUAUUGUAUUUGUUCGGGCAAGUCAAUCAAUGUUGGGAGGCUUAUCGCAGAGAGUAUUAGUUAUAUUGCGCGAGGGGCCACAUCUGGUGGUCAUGGACAUGCUUCGCUAAUUACCAAUUUAUGUAAGGAUCAAGGAGUGCUCAUGAACAUUAAUGAAGUCUGUGAACAAUCUCCCAUAUUUAGUCAUCAGUCAGUGUUGCAUCAAAAUAAAAAUUAUGGGGGUGUUCCUCGACCCACUGGUUUGGGAUACGAGCCUGUCGACCCGAGUCUGCUGCCAUUGCCACCUACCGAUGAACAACCUGAGUUCACUCGGCCAAAGAGAAAGGGUAGAAAACAUCCACUUCUAGAGCUACUGAAGGCUCUAGUUCUCGGCAAUAUAGCACCAUGCAACAAGAUAUUGAAGAUUUGAAGAGACAAAAAUCAGCCAUGUAGUUCGUCAUGUGGAAUUGACGAUCUUUAAUAUCCAUCUGACCAUGCAACAACAGCUGUUGUUGUCCCUUCAAAUCUUCAAUAUCUUGUUGCAUGGUUACAAAACAAGCAAGCCCACUAAAACACCCACAACUGAACCCCUCUCCCCAACUCUAAAGCCAAAAAUGAUCCCAAUCUCUAUUAAGAUCCAAAAAGGAAACCCCGGCAAGAAACUUGGUUCUAUACACCCAAGUUGCAAUCCAAAACUUGAUCUUUAUCCCAAAUUGCCUCAAACGAGCUAUAGAUACCUUCGAAAAUUCUACUAUUCCUUUCAAGCCAUAAGGUCCAUAUUGACUAUGCCUCUUCAGACGAUAAUGGUGAGAGCAGAGUAUAGAUAUUUUCUGAGUGGAUAUAAUGUACACAUAGCUAUACUCUGCUCUCACCGUUCCUCUAAGGUAAUUCUAUCGUGAUUUUUACGAAGGUUCAAAUCUUGUCUAUGUUUCUUAUUAAAUAACAUGCCAAAAAACACACCAGAAAAAAAAAUACCAGUAUGAUGUCUAUGUUGCUUAAAAGUAUGGUGUUAAAUAACAUACCAGAAAAAAAAAUCUUUUGUGCUGAAAAACUAUUAUAUUAUCUAUGUAUCAAAAUACACACCAGUAAUAGUGGCCAACGCAUCUAUUGAAAUCCUUUGCUUCUACUGAAUGAAGUCAUGAUGUUUGGGUUUCGAAUCCAACCAAUCACGUGUCUGCCAAUGAGGUCCUACAAUAAUUUAACCAAGGUAGAUGGAUAAGAAGGCCAAUCAUUCCCCUUUUACUUUUUAAAACAAAUUGCAUCAUUUUGUUUACAUUGGAAGGAAAGGUAUGAAUCCUUUUAUUGAAUUUAGACUUUAAAAUAAUGAACUGAUCUGCUAUCCAUUUUUUCUUUAUAUCAAAAUGUUAAUUAAGGCUCUGAAUAAACACAUUACAGAGAGAGAGCAGAGGAUGAGUGGAGCAGGAAAAGUGGUGUGUGUUACAGGAGCUUCAGGUUACAUAGCUUCAUGGCUAGUGAAGGUCUUACUACAAAGUGGAUAUAUUGUCAAAGCCACUGUCAGUAAUCUAAGUGAUUCAAAGAAAACAGACCACUUACUUGCACUAGAUGGAGCUAAAGAAAGACUUCAUUUAUUUGAAGCAAAUUUAAUGGAUGAAGGCUCUUUUGAUUCUGCUGUCAGUGGAUGUGAUGGUGUUUUUCACACAGCCUCUCCUUCAUUUCUCUCAGCUCCACACCCUCAU